GUGGAAACUCGAGAGGAGGCCGGUGGCCUUUCAGCUUGUAAAGUUUCGGCUAGGCCACGUUCGGUCAGUCAGGUUCAAAAAAUUAAGGAACAGUCAAUUCACCACUAAAGCAGUACCUACACUGCAAGACCCGGUCAAAAAGACAAACUUUAUUCUGUGAUUCUGAAAUGUAUCGACGACAGCAAACAUCCGAAUAGAUUUCUCCGAUUUGUCCAAGGAGCGCCUCAGCCACUUGCGUUUCUUUCCGAUGACCGUCAGCUACUAGACUCGGAACGAUUUUGUACGAAUCCAUCCAAGCCUAUUGAGCGUUGA